AUGCCCCGUGAAAAGCAAAAGAGAGGUCGCCGGGCGGAGGCAAAGGCCCAAAAUGACGAAACUAAGCGCAAGCGCGGCGAAGAGUUCGAAGACCCCGUCCAAAAGCGUCUAAAAGCAUACGACAUCCACGUCGAGGCCCACGCCGACGCUAGCCACGAAAAUCCCUUCGAACAGAACACAGACUUCAUUCCCCUCGAACAAGAUCAUCAGCAAGAUGUCAAUAACGAAGAUGGCGACAUGCCAUUCUAUGGUCUGCUCGACACCGACGAACAAGAGUACUUCUCGCGCGCCAAUGAGAUGCUCGAAGCAAACCAAUUCCAGGAUGCCGAAGAAAAGAAUUUGUUUAUUGAAAGUGUCUACCAAGAGGCCAGUGGCAAGGAGCUUAAGAUUGCUUGUAGUCAAGGGUGCUCGAGACUUAUGGAAAAAUUGAUCUCCAUGUCAGAUAUUCGCCAGAUCCGGCGCAUCUUCAGCAAAUUCAUUGGUCACUUCCUUCAUCUUGUGCAGCACCGGUUCGCAAGUCACUGCUGUGAAACACUGUUCAUUCAUGCUGCACCGGCAGUGAUGCAAAAGACAUCCAAAUCACAAGCGAAAAAGGCUGAGGAGGAGGGUGGGGAAGGGGAACCAGAACUGUCACUGGCUGGUAUGUUUCUGUGUGUCAUCCAGGAAUUGGAAGGAAAUUGGGGUUUUCUUUUGACCGAGCGGUUCGCGUCGCACACUAUCCGAGUACUGCUUUUGGUCCUUGCAGGAGAGCCCGUUGAUGUUGAUUCAAACGAUUCUAUUGUCUCAAGCCGAAAGAAGGAACGAUUGGGUCUUGCAGCUCCUGGUACACAAGAGGAGAAAAUUUUGACUGAAAAACCUGAGCAGCCUAAAAAACGGGGUGUUCCGGAAUCGUUUGAGCCGGCACUCAAGAAGAUCAUGAACGACAUGGUCUCGGGAUUGGACGACACUUAUCUUCGUGCCUUGGCUACCCAGCCUGUGGGUAACCCAGUCCUGCAGGUUAUGCUGUUCCUCGAACUCUCCCACUUCGGCAAAUCCAGCGCUAAGGACCCGAAAUCGACCUUGCGGAGACUUGUCCCAGACGAGACUUUCGAAGAAGGAACGGAAAGUGCGACUUUUAUCCGCGGCUUGCUCUACGAUGCCGUUGGUUCCCGCUUAGUGGAGACAAUGGUGCGUUAUAUGCCCGGUAAGGUGUUCAAGAAUCUCUACAAGAACAAUUUGCGCGAUCGCAUGGGUUCCCUUGCCCGAAACAACACAGCUGGUUACGUGGUUCUGCGUACAUUAGAGAGACUCGGAAAGGAUGACCUGAAGGAUGCCAUGGAUAACAUUAUCCCCGAACUUCGAGGACUGAUUGAGAGGGGGCGACUCAUGGUUCCCCGGGUGUUGAUUGAGCGUUGCGUGGUUCGGAGCAUCGACCUGGAGCCAUUCGCCAAAGCACUGAAGGAAGCUUACGAUGUUGACCCCGAAAUUCGGCUUCGCCAGAUGCUCCGGUUAGACGGAUCAGCAGCGACAGAAUUUGAAGACGAAGAGAUGAGAGAUGCAGAUGAUGAGGGUAGACAGGACAAGCCACAAUCUGGUGGCUCUUCCAACGCAGAGAAGCUGCAUGGCUCUUUACUAACACAGGCGAUGUUAGCUGUUCCUGGGCCACUGAGUGAGCUUGUUUACAGCAGCCUCCUCGCCCAGUCAUCUAAAUCGAUACUGCAGCUCGCACAAGCACCCACCUCCUCCCAUGUGGUACAACAAGCGCUGACUCUCCCAACUUCCACAACCCAGUUCCGCCGACAAUUCACAACACGAUUCCUCGGACAUCUGGUAGAACUUGUCCAGAACAAUAAUGGAUCUCGUGUCGUGGAUGCUCUAUGGACGGGUACCAAGGAUAUCUACUUCGUGAAGGAGCGCAUGGCGCAGGAAAUUGCGGCAAACGAAAUGACCUUGCGUGAUUCUUUUAUCGGCCGAGCAGUAUGGAGGAAUUGGUCAAUGGACCUUUACAAGCGUCGACGGGGCGAAUGGACAGGUAUUGCCAAGGGCAUCAACACUGAAAGCUUGGAACGGCCCAAGUCGAAACUUGAGCAGGCUCGAGAGCGUUUUGCGGCCAAAGAAGCUAGUAAACAGCCUGUUGUGAACGUUGAGGUUGUGACUGCCGAUUGA